AUGACAGGACUUCAAAGGGUGUUUCCAGCUUUUGAUAUCGAUGGUCGUCCUAUCAACAUUCAAUAUCAUACAUAUUUCAGACAAAAACUCUAUGGUGGUUGGUCAUAUAGUCAAAGUACUCUAGGAGAUUUAGCGUUCUGCCUCGCGGUUCGACCUCACCCCAAUAGCAAGGAACUGUCACCACCCCCAGUGCAGAUUAUGGAAACUGGUCAGACGCUACAGUUGGAAGCUUCCUUGACGUCGAGUGAAGCAGAGCUCUUUGAAUGGUUACAUCUGGAACUUGGAAAGGGGUGUCGACGAUCUACCGCAGGUUUUCACCCAAACAUACUACGAGUCACGAAUCACAGAACCUCGGCUUCCAGUUCUUUAUGGGAUAUAUCACAAAUGAGACAUUUGGACUUCUUGAGAUCUAUACUGACCCUUUUUUUGAAUAUGCCUACCACAUUAAUGAGGGAACUUAUUGCAAAGUCAAUGAAUAAGUUUGAAUAUGGAAAUGAUGCUCAAAAGGUUACAGCACGUAAUGGUAAUUAUGUGCUGAAGGAUCAGGUAUAUGCGGCAACUAAUAUGAAUGUUCUCUUAUUUGCGCAUUUACUCUGA